AUGCCCAAAGCGGAGGCUGGAUCUACCAAGUUCCUGAACAAUAAACUCAAGUCCAAGGGGCUCCAGAGGCUACGAUGGUAUUGUCAGGUAUGCGAGCGCCAAUGUCGCGACGAGAAUGGCUUCAAGAUGCACACCCAGUCUGAAUCGCAUGUUAGGCAAAUGCUCCUUGUUGGCGAAGACCCCAAGAAAUACAUCAACAAUUACAGCAACCAGUUCCAGCGCGACUUCCUCCAACUCCUACGAACAUCGCAUGGCGAGAAGAAGGUCCAGCUCAACCACUUCUACCAGGAAUAUAUUGGCAAUAAGGAACAUGUACAUAUGAAUUCUACGAAAUGGCCUUCGCUUACCGAAUAUGCGAAACACCUGGGCCGAGAAGGCUUAUGCCGGGUUGAAGAGAACGAUAAGGGCAUCCAUGUUGCUUGGAUUGAUAACUCGCCCGAGGCGCUGCGACGGCAAGAUGCUAUACGAAAGAAGGAGAGGCAGGAUAAGGGGGACGAGGAGCGAGAGCAGAUGCUGAUUAGAGAGCAAGUAAAAAGGGCACAGUUCGAUGCAGAAGAGCGUGGGGAGGUUGAGCCAGAUGAGACUGAGCGGGAACUAAAGCGAGAUGAGGGCGGCAAAAUCAAGCUGAGCUUUGGGGCAAAACCCGCAGGGCCAAAGGCAGAAGAGCCAACCCCUGUUACUACUCCAGAUCAAGUUCUGGCUUUUGAUAUAAAAAAUGUCGAGGACGAAAAAGAAACAAGCCCUGCGGAUGGUCCAUCGACAGAGAAGCCUCUACUAGAUUCAGCGCCAGUUACAGGCAAGGUAUCUAUGAAAAUGGGGUUCUCAAGUAAGCCUAAGAACGUCUUCGCCGCUGCGAAGAAGAAUGCUUUGGGUGGUAAUAAGAAAGCUGCUGUUGUUGAACAACCAAAGAAGAUGAGCGAGGCCGAGCGGAUCAUGAAGGAAGAAAUGGAAAGGAAGACCAAAAGAGGUCCAUCUGGUUUUGGAGGGCCUGCGCAAAAGAAACAGAGAUUUUAA